AUGUCUGCAACGACAAGAAACUCAGUAAGACUGACCCUCGCUCUACCAAACUUUGUGAUAAAUGGAGGUGUAGCGAACAAUAAUCGUCAAACAUUCAAGUUUGAUGAACUAUCAGAAGUACUGGGAUCAUCAAAUUCUGAAAAAUUUUCAAAUUAUCUUGAAAAAUGUUUAAAUGCACCAUAUACACAUUUCAAUUUUGGCAAAGACAUUAUUCGUAACUGGGCAUUGAUAUCGCCAACAAAAACAGCACUAUGGUCAUGUGAAAAAGAUGGCCAUGAAUAUAAAAUAACAUUCAAAGAACUACUGAACUAUAGUUCACAAUUUGCAAAUACUUUAACAGGAAAAUAUUACAAUUUGAAACCAGGAAAUACUGUUAUGGUAAUCCUACCACCUGUGAAAGAAUGGUUUUUUAUUAAAUUAGCAUGUUUAAUGAGCGGUAUUAUAUUUGUACCAUGUAGUACAACAUUAACGUCAAAUGCUAUUCGAUCUCGUUUACGUGCAUCCGGUGCAGACUGUGUCAUCACCGACGAAGCUAAUCUAGAAAAAAUAACAUUAGCCACCGAGUCUCCUCUGAGACCUAUUCUAUGUGGUCUUAUUGGUACACGGCACAUUCCAAUGCCGUUUAGAUGGAUGAAUUUAAGUUUAGACGCAUCUGCGGCGUCAGUACAAUUUAAUAUAUUUGACUCACACGCAUCGGCUCCUGCCCUAAGGUAUUUCACCUCAGGAACCACUGGACAGCCCAAAAUCGUUCAACAUAGUCAUAUGAGUGCUGGUUUAGGUCAUCUAACCACUUCGUUUUGGCUGAAUGGUGAGUAUGACACGGAUCAGUCACAGUUAAUAUGGAAUACGUCUAAUACUGGAUGGACAAAAUCAUCGUGCAGUUCUUUUUUUGGACCGUGGUUAUUAGGUUGCGGAAUCUUUCAAAAAGUUAUCGACGAAUCGGAUCCAGAAACAAUUUUGAAAACAUUAGAAACGUAUCCAAUUGAAACAUUAUGUUCCAAUACGCCCACUUAUAGACUGAUGACAAAACAUAUAUUGAUGACUAAUCGAAAAAAACUCGAUAAAUCUUAUUCGCUAAAACAAUGUGUUUCGGCUGGUGAAACUAUGGAUCCUGCAAUACAUAAAUUGUGGUAUGAUUAUACAAAUAUACCGAUUCGGGAAGCAUAUGGACAAACAGAAACUACUGCAAUCGCUGGUACAAUUACAUCAAAAGAUAUUCGCUUAAAUUCGAUGGGAAAAGCUUUACCGACAGUUAAUCUUAAAAUUGUUAAUAAACAAACAUUGAAAGAAGUUGCUACUGAUAUCGAAGGAGAAAUAGCAAUUAAAAUAAAACCAAACAAAUUAAUGGGACUAUGUAACGGAUAUCUAAAUGAUCAAAAACGAAAUAAGCUAGCUUUUAUUGGUGAUUAUUACUUUACGGGUGAUCGAGCAAGAAUGGACAAAGAUGGCUACAUCUUUUAUACUGGUCGCAGUGAUGAUAUGAUCAAAUCAAUCGAAUAUCGAAAUGACCUAUGUGAGACUGAACGUAUUCUUUUGGCACAUUCGACAGUUGCUGAUUGUGCCAUUACCGUUUGUUCAGAUGAGCAAGGGGAAGAAGUUGUUAAAGCAUUUGUAGUUCCAACUGAAAAUUAUAAACAAGACAGCUUAAGUAAAAGACAUUUAAUUCAACAGUUACAAACAUAUGUUAAAAGAUUAAUAGCGCCCUACAAAUAUCCUCGCCAGAUUGAGCUUGUUACUGAACUACCAAGUCAACGAGCUGUAAAUCGAAACGGGAUGUGUUGA